GCUUGUGUUCCACAAAAAAAAAAGAUCAGGUUUGUUUUCGAAUUCCCAUUUUGUGUGGCAUGGCGACGAAUGCAUCGUCAUCGCAAGCGAACAGUUCCAACGGCAAGCAGAGCGCACACAGCACCAAAGACAAUUCUGCCACAUCAUCAUGUGGUGCUGGCAGCGCCAAUGCUACAAAAAGGUCACGCUUUGGCGAUCCCGAAGAUCCAUUGGAUGCAUUCAUGGCAGGUUUGGAAGAUCAGGUGAAGGACGACAUGUCUUCAAUUGGCAAAAAGAAACCGGAGGUCCUGCCGAAGGAGAAAACCGAGCCUGCCGUGGACAAACACAAAGCUGGUGCAAUGAAAGGAGCAAUCCAACACCAAUUGAAGCAAAGGUACAAAGCCAAACUGAACCAAAUGCGCGGCCCGCGCAGUGACUAGGGUGCUGUGCAAUGUAGAGAGUCAUUUUCGAGUGAAAAA